CAAUUAGACAAUCUGUUCCAUCUGUCCCAACAACAUCACCGGAUUUCACGGUUUAGCAGAACACCCGAGUUGCCAGCCAUGCCUCCCAAGAAGGCAACCGAGGAGGUCAAUAAUGUUGUCGCUUUCGGCCGGGUUCGCAAGAACCUGAAGAUGGGAUGCGUCGGCCUGCCAAACGUGGGCAAGUCGAGUCUGUUCAACCUCUUGACGAAGCAGAGUGCUGCUGCGGAGAACUAUCCUUUCUGCACGAUUGAGCCCAACGAGGCGAGAUGCCCUGUACCCGAUGAGCGAUAUGACUUCCUGUGCGACGUGUGGAAGCCACCGUCCCAGUACCCAGCUUACCUGCAAGUAACAGACAUCGCAGGUCUCAUCAGGGGUGCUUCGCAGGGCGAGGGUCUUGGCAAUGCCUUCCUUUCACACAUUCAAGCUGUGGACGGCAUGUUCCACAUCGUGCGGGCUUUUGAUAACGACGAGGUGCUGCACGUCGACGACUCGAUCGACCCAGUGCGGGAUCUGAACACGAUCCAGAGUGAGCUGUGCAAGAAGGACCUCGACAUUCUCCAGCGCACAAUCGUUGCCGAGGAGGCGAUCGUGCGGAAAGCAGGCGGCAAGUAUAAGAUGCUGCCCCUGUUCACCGAGACGACCACCAAGAUCCAGGCCAUGCUGGAGAAGGACCAGCCCGUGCGGGAUGGAAACUGGACGCCUGCCGAGAUCCAAUUGAUCAACGAGAAGAUUCAGCUCAUCACUACUAAGCCUGUGAUCUAUCUUGUGAACUUGACGAUGAAGGACUACCUCCGACAGAAGAGCAAGUACCUGCCACAAAUCGCCAAAUGGGUGACGGAGCACGGCGGUACUCCGAAGGACAUCAUCCCCUUCUCUAUCGAGUUCGAGGAGAAGCUCGACAAGUUGAGUGAGGACCCUGCGAAGCAGGCCGAGUUCCUGCAAGAGUGCAAGGUCAAGAGCAAGCUGGAAAAGAUCGUUACGGAAGGUUUUGAUAAGCUUGGACUGCAGUACUACUUCACAGCUGGCGAGAAAGAAAUCCGGUGUUGGACAAUCCCACGGGGAUGUCUGGCCCCACAAGCGGCCGGAGCCAUCCACGGGGACUUUGAGAGAGGGUUCAUCAAGGCUGAGGUUGUUUCGUACCAGGACUUCCACGACCUUUGUGGAGGUGCCAAAUCCAUGGCCCCUAUCAAGGCUGCUGGAAAGUACAGGCAGGAGGGAAAGACAUACGUUGUCCAAGACGGAGACAUCAUACAUUUCCAGUUCAAUGUUGGAAACAAGAAAUAGAAGCAUCAGCUUUGUCCAGAUGCUUACUGCCUGGACUGGUGGGCUCAGACAUUUCUCUCGUCCGGUCUUCUAGCAUCGUCAAUGAUUGUCGGAGUGAUUCCAUGUGCCAUGACUUCGCAUGACUCUUCGAGCGAGCCAUGCAUUUGGUCACGCGGGACUGAAAUAUGAAGGGAAAUAGCAUUUGAUGCUGUGCCCAGAAACCCAUUCGAUUGUGGGCUUGACUGGACUACAAGCUAGACACGCAGAUAGAUACCCAUCAAGACUGGCCUACAAAA